GUUUUUUCGUCUCAUUAGUUUUGGGAACCUGGCUUGUAAACGGAUCGUCGAAAUUACUGGACCCGAAUUGCAGAAUGGGUCGGAUUCCGAGAAUCUCAUAUCGGAUAUUAGGUGGCAGGGAUGCCGGUUUGAGUUUAAACCCUUGGAUGGUGUAUUUACAUGAUGGUUUGGAAUUUAUAUGUGGCGGUUCACUCUUAACGAAUGAAUUUGUUCUCACCGCUGCACAUUGCGUCUUUCCCAAUCCAAAGCGAUUAAUUGCUCGAUUGGGGGAGUAUGAUUGGAGGAGAUCACGAGAUUGCAAUGUUUUUGGAUGUGCUCCAGGUCACAGGGAAUACACUGUAGCUAAAAUUUAUUCGCACUCAAUGUACGGCCUUGACGAUACCUAUGAUAUAGCUUUGCUGAAGCUAAACCAGGAAGUAACAUUUUCAGAAUACAUACGUCCAAUAUGCUUGGUGAUUCUCGAAAACCAGGGCGAGUGGUUCUCGUUUGUGGAUGCGCAAAAGGAGUUUACUGUAACUGGCUGGGGUUCGACUGAAACCCGUUCGUUGAGUCCCACACUUAAAAUUGCGAAUAUCACUCAAACCGAUCGUGCCUCCUGCCAUGAUCGAUAUGGAUUCUCCGUGGACCACAACCAAAUCUGUGCCGGGGAUCCUGAUGGCUUCGCCUGCACCGGGGACUCCGGAGGUCCGCUCGGAAUGUAUGUGGACCUGGGCUUCGGCCCCUUCUAUGCCCAGAUCGGGAUUGUCAGCUUUGGACACUAUCCCUGCAGCGGGGUUUCCGUCUUCACAAACGUCGUGAGCUUCACUCGGUGGAUUGCAGACACAAUUGCAUACGACGCUAAAUUCAUGUCGCCUAGGGUUUCCAUGCCAUAACCGCAAUAAUAUUUACUUUUUAUACAAAUAUUGAACAGACUUUGCUUUUGCAUAAAAACAUUAAAUUAGAUCUUUAGUGGAAAGGUUAAACAAGAAAUACAUGGGUGUAUGAAUUUACUGUUUUGAUUUAAAAAAAUGUAAAAUAUUCCCAAAGAUAGCUUUUAC